UGAGAGAAAUCAGAUCUAUCUGUCUCUUUCUUUGCUUCCAAUCCCAACUAGUCGAGGAAGAAGAUGGCGAUGAUAUUGGACGCCUUCGUCUCGAAAUUUGCUGAAAUGCUGGUCGAGUUGGCGAGGCAAGAGGUUGACAUGCUCUUAGGUGUGCCUGGUGAGAUCCAAAAGCUCCAGAACAAGCUCCGUAUGAUCAGCAAAGUCCUUGCCGAUGCCGAGAGGAAGAGAAUCAAUGAUUUGGCCAUUGAGGACUGGCUCAAGCAGCUCAAGAAUUUCAUGUACGAUGCCGAUGACAUCCUUGACAUCCAUCGCAUCGAGGCCGACAAGUGGAGCGAACCAUCUUCAUCCACUAUUGUGUGUCUCUUCCGCUCUAGGAUUCGAAGGCCUCAAGAGAUUGGCAUGAAAAUUAGAGAACUCAAUCAGAAGCUUGAGGAGAUUUUGAGGUGCAGGUCUGAAUUCAAUCUCGAGCUCACUUUCCAUGACAAGCAGCAAGUGACAUCUCAAAUUAGUCGCAUGACAUCUCCUAUAGGUGAGAUUGAUAUUGUAGGAUCUGAAAUUGAAAAGCACGCUCAGAGCUUGGUUGAUUCGCUAAUUAAGAAUGACGAACGGAGAAACAUUCUUAUUUUCGCAAUUGUGGGUGUGGGGGGAAUUGGGAAGACCACCCUUGCCCAAAGGAUAUAUAAUGACCAGAGAAUACAGGAGGAAUUCUCAGUGAAGAAGUGGGUGUGUGUAUCGCAACAGUUUGAUGAGAUAAAUUUGCUGAAAGAUAUCAUCGGUGGUGCCCAGGAGCACAGUAGGUCCUCGCUUGAGCCCAAAGUCGAGAGCAGUCUUAGGGGUAAGAAGUUGUUUCUUGUUCUUGAUGACGUUUGGUCUGCAAAGGUUUGGUGUGACUUGUUGUAUAACACGCUAAAUAGUUGUGUUGCUGGCAGUAGGAUCCUUGUUACUACAAGAAAUGAACAGAUCGCGAUGCAGAUGUUGGCAGUGAACAUCCAUCACGUCGACAAAUUGUCGUUAGAGGAUAGUUGGUUAUUACUUUGCAAUAAGGUGGUCCUGACAGGAGAUGAGGUCGAGAUCCAGCAUCUAAAGGACAUAGGGAUGGAGAUUGUUAAGAAAUGUGAUGGCCUUCCUCUAGCCAUUAGAGUGAUUGCAGGGGUGCUAUGCACGAAGGAGAAGACCUGGACAGCUUGGAGUAGAGUUCUUGAAAGCACUGCAUGGUCCACAUCCGGGCUUCCUGAGGAGGUCAUGGGAGCCUUAUAUUUGAGUUAUGAAGACCUACCAAGCUAUCUAAAGCAAUGUUUCAUAUACUGCUCAUUGUUUCCUGAAGACUAUAAAUUAUAUAUGUGUGAUAUGACUGAACUUUGGAUUGCCGAGGGAUUUGUGAAAGCUGACGGGAGUUUGACUGUGGAAGAGACAGCAGAAGAGUACUACAGAGAGUUGAUUAUGCGGAAUCUUCUGCAGCUAUCUGAUAAUGAUUCGUAUAUAUGUUGCAUGCAUGACCUCUUGCACUGUCUUGCUCGCUAUCUGGCACGAGAUGAGAGCUCAGUUGUCAGGAAGGUGCACGAAGUAGGUAGCAGUAAUGGGCCAAUGAAGCUGCGUCGUGUAUAUAUAAGCAACAAUCAAACAACGGAAAUCUUUGAUGUCUUAGUAAAACAGAACUCGCUAAGGACUCUAAUAUGGAGAGAGACCUGCUUGACUGUGACUCAGAUGGAUGUCGUUUUUAAUAAACUUUCUCGUUUAAGAGUGCUGGAUAUCUGUUCGCCAGCAAUUCGAGGACUGCCAGAUUCUUUGGGUAACCUCAUACACCUGAGGUACCUAGAUAUCUCACGUUCGGAGGUAAGCGUGAUACCGGAAAGCAUAGGGAAUCUCAGAAAUUUAUGGUAUUUGAAUAUCUCAUGGACCAAGAUAAGCAUGAUACCGAAAAGCCUAGAAAAUCUUAGAAAUCUACAGUUGUUGGAUAUGCAAGGGUGUUCGCUCCUUUCUCGCCUUCCCAAAUGUAUCGUGAAUUUACACAACCUUAGGAGCCUCGAUCUUUAUGAUACGGGGGUGGUUGGGAUGCCGGCAGGGCUAGGAAGGCUUCAAAAUCUUCAUCUACUAAGUGGAUUUGUACUGCAGAGCAACCGGACGGAGGGAUGGUGCACAAUGGGAGAACUGAGAUCCCUCUCGUGUCUCAGGACUCUCUCAAUCGAUGCGUUGGAGUGUAUAUCUAGCAGCUCCGAAGCAAGAGCAGCUGAACUUAGAAACAAAUCCAAGCUCCGGUCACUCGAGCUAACUUGCACGCAAUGCCCUCAACCCAACGAGGAAGAGAUGAGGGGAAUCAAGGAGGUGUUUGAAGAGCUCCACCCUCCACCUUGCCUGGAAGAACUGACCAUCAGAUGUUACUUCGGCCGGGAGUUCCCAAAGUGGAUAGCAGAGACAACUUCAUCGGCAUCAAUUCUUUUUCCAAAUUUGAGCCGGUUGAAUCUAGUUGAUUGCAAUUACUGUGAGCGGCUUCCACCUUGUGGGCUGCUCCCUCAUCUAAAAUAUCUUCUCAUCGUGGGUGCUGCAUCAGUCAUAGGAGUUGGACCUGAAUUUUUGGUCAGUACCAGUACCAGUAGCAAUGGCGGAGGCAGAGCAGGAGUAAAUGCUUCCAAGUAUGCAUUUCCCAAGCUGGAGACACUAAAAUUAAACAAUAUGUAUGACUGGCAGGAAUGGCAUUGGGAUAAAGGAACACAAGCAAUGCCGUGUCUAAAGUACCUGUUCCUUAAGGAGUGCCCCAAGUUGAUGUCUCUUCCCGAGGGUCUCCUACUCUACGCAACCUCCCUAACAAAAUUGCAUAUCAAUACUGCGGACAGACUAACGACAAUUGAGAAGCUCCUUUCGCUCAAAGAAUUGUAUAUAAGGCAUAGUCGCAACCUGGAGAAAGUUUCAGACCUCCCUGCGCUCACAACCCUCGAGGUGGAGAGCUGCCCGAAAUUGCAAGUGGUGGAGAAUCUUCAAUCCUUGAAAAGGAUGAAACUUGUCGAUGAGGAGAUGAAAUCACUCCCAUCAUACUUACUGAAAGGAGUGCAAAGAGGUGCAAAGAAAAGGAAAAGAGUACAUGCAGCUCAUCUGGAGGAGCUGGUGAUCCGGUGCAACAUGGGACUGGUGAGAAAAAUUUGCCAAAAGGCCAGCCCAGAGUGGCCAACAAUCCAAGACAUCCAACGGGUGCAUGCAUACUCAGAGAAUAGAUCGGUGCAUAAUAGAAGGGUGCAAGUUGUCUAUAGCAAGUCCCCCUUCAGCUUCACUACAAAUUUCAACGACACCAGCAGCAGCAGCAGCAGCAGUGGCCUCGCUCUGUGAUCCAUGCCACUUCCAUACUCCUUUUCAACUAUGGCUACAGUUCUUUCCAGGUAUACAUACAGGCUUGGGCAUAGAUUAUCUAAUGGUUUGUACAUUCGGACUCAGUCAUACAGUUUCAAAGCAUCCCCUUACCCUGGACAAGACUCAUUGCAGCGUGUUGUCAUCUUUGGCGAUAUGGGGAAGGCAGAAGCUGAUGGUUCCAAUGAAUACAACAAUUUUCAGCCAGACUCCUUGAACACCACUCACCAACUAAUCAAGGCCCUGAACAACGUAGAUAUAGUUAUCCAUAUUGGAGAUAUAUGCUAUGCAAAUGGAUACAUAUCACAGUGGGAUUAGUUUACAUCACAAAUUGAACCCGUUGCUUCAGUUGUGCCUUAUAUGAUUGGAAGGGUCCUUCAAUGGCAAUAAGGAUUCAGUUGGAGAAUGUGGCGUACUAGCUGAAACCAUGCUUUAUGUUCGUGCAGAGAACCGGGCGAAAUUCUGGUAGAAGACUCAAGAAAUGAGCUCUGCUGAAUUUAUUUUUUCUUGUUGUCCUCUCUGAAAAGACAUAGCAUUUGCUUUUAUAGUUCCAUGAUUUUAGUUGUUUAAUGUGGUACUGUUAGACUUAUCUUAAUUCAAUUGGUGAAAUCUCUUCUGGAUCAAACAGCCAAUCAUUUAGAUUGUUUCAUUGAUCAAUGCCUUUUCCUCUCUUGUUAUAUCUAUCAAUAACUUAAAAGAUUCACUGAAAACUUUGACUUAAGCAAAGUUUCUAUUGAGUUGAAUCAAGAAAUGACUUCCAAAUAAGUUGUUAGUAUUGCUGAAUUUUUGAUUAUCUUAUGCAUCAUUAUUUUGUACAAAUGCAAUACAGAAACAUUUAUAGUUGUUAAAUACUCAAGUUGAGUUCGAUCCAUUAGGCAUCCCCUUUUGAGUAACAAUUCUUGGAGAAUUUCUUUGUGUGAAAUCUUGUAUGGAGAGUGAGUUCUCUUCAGCAUUGUAUGGCAUUGCACUCUAAAUUCCAUGUUUUUCUUCUUGUUUUUGAUUUGUAAAUGCUUUACAGAUCAAGGACAUGUUAUUGACUGCUUAUCUUUUUGUUGCUUUGGUAUUAUAACUAUAAUGAAGCUGGUGUAACUUCUACCAUAGGAAUGCCUUCUGCUUAUAAUAUUGAAAUAUUUAAAAUUCUGAUAUCAUGAUAUCCACUAAUAUUGUCGCAUCUUGUUGCUAUAGCCAAAUAAUUCAUCUUAAAAUUUGUUCUUCCUUUCUCAUACGGUUGAUCACUAUGAAUUCAUCGAGCACAGCCUAUCAGCAGUUGAUAGACAAAAACAGCCACGGUUGAUCUUCCUUUCUCAUACGGUUCUUGGUUAUUCCGCUGGAGCAUACUAUGGUCCGGAAGAUCCUUUGAGGAGCCAAUGGGAUAAGAUAGCCUUCAAGAUUUUUGGCAGAAGUAUAAGGUUGACAUUGCCUUCUAUGGUCAUGUCCGCAACUAUGAAAGAAUAUGUCCAAUUUACUAGGUAAAUAUGUUAUCGGCACUCGGGUAUUCCAUUUUAAUACUUGCGUGCGCAAUGCAUCGCAUUCGCACCAUUACAGCCGUCCAUUUGCAGAAACCACCGAUGUAGUUGUUGGAGGUGGAGGUGCUAUCAAAACCCAGGACCCAGGUCCAUUCACUCGUCGAUGUUUCUCCAAGGAGUGUUGCUCUUGGUUAUGGGCAUGGUAUGGACCGAAGCACUCUUAGGAGUAGACGGUCUCGCAGGUGCCCUGUGAAGCCUCUUACUUCUAUUGAGACCUGUCUCGUCCCUCUGCUUUACAAUGGAAAAUUUGAAAUUGAAGAGUACGUAUUUAACUCAGUCUCAUCACCUACCGCACAAGCUGCGAAGCCAUUUGUUAUAACUGAUGGGAACAGAAUAAUCAACAAAUCAAGCUAUGAACCUUCGAGCAACAAUGGCUUGCAUAUGGAUGUUGGAGUUAGUUCAUGAGUAACGGGAACUAUUGUUGGAGUUUCUCCUCUUCCUAAAAGAAACUGAAAUGAAAGAGCAGGGAGAUGUAGCAUGGAAGGUUGGACUCUUCUAAGUCUCAAAGUUCCUGCAAUUUCCAACACUCUCAAGGGAGCAUAACCAACCUAUGCUUAUGCUUUUAAUCCAUGACAUCUUUGUAUAUUCAUUAUAAAAUUUCUAAUAUUUGCUGACCUGUUACGUUGAUGACAGAUUAUGUUAAGAAAAUGGAAUUUCCUGAAAAAUAUAACAGAUGAAAUGAGAAAAGACAUCACAAAGUUUGUAAUGGGAACUUGCAGUGACAAAAUGUUCUAAAUAAAAAUAGUGGUAUAUCAUCCCAAAUUGUUUACA